AUGGAUCUUCUGCCGAACGCCGCAGUGGACUCCCUGAUAGACUUGGAUGGUGUGAAGGACAUUUGUGUCAUUGGUGCAGGAGCUGGUGGGCUUGCGGCCCUCAAGAUCAUCUCGGAAACCCCGCAGUACAAGUCCGGACGAUGGAGACCCACAGCAUUUGAGAUGCGCGAGAAAGUGGGCGGAGUAUGGCGAGUACCCUCUCAUUCGGACAUCGUGGAGUUCCCUGCCUCUCCCACAGGAGAUUUUCCACUCACGCCGCUGUAUGACUCGCUCACGACGAACCUCCCGCACCCGGUCAUGGCAUUCCACUCCUUCCCUUUCCCCCCUUCCACCCCGCUCUACCCGCCUGCAAGUACGGUGGAGACGUACCUCCAAGCCUAUGCUGCGCAUUACAAGCUCGGACAGCACAUCCGCUUCAACACCGCCGUGCUCUCCGCCGACUGGGACGGGCAGCACUCGAAGUGGACUGUGCGCAUCACUGGGGACGAGGUCCUCACCUUCGACCUGCUCAUCGUUGCGAACGGGCACUACCAUGUUCCGCGUUUCCCCGACACGCCCGGACUCGCAGCAUGGCUCGCGCAAGGGAAAGCCUCGCACUCUGCAUGGUACCGCCGCCCGCACGAUAUCGGCAAUACGGUGCUCGUCGUCGGUGGGGGCUACAGUGGGAUAGAUAUCUCCGCGGAGAUGCGCACCGCUGCGCAGACCGUGUUGCAUUCCGUUACUGGCGGGGAGCCCGAAGACCUAGACGGCGGAGCGUUUAAACGCCGUGGGCGCAUCGCCGAGUUCGGCGACCCCAGCCAAGGGCGCGUGGUGUUCGAAGACGGGACGGUCGACGAGGAGGUCGACCAUUGCAUCCUCGCGACAGGCUAUGAGUUCUCAUUCCCCUUCCUCUCCCCACCGCUGCUCGAGGGCGCCGUGCCGCCAGCGAUACCUCCUCUCCCUCCGACGUUGUACAACUCCUCGUACAACCUCUUCCCGCUCGCACGACACGUCUUCCCGCUCGUCUCGACUAUCCCGCCCUCGCGCCUCGUCUUCCUCGGGCUCCCGAUCCGUGUCGUGCCGUUCCCGCUGAUGGAGGUGCAGGCACGCGCCGUGAUCAAAGCAUUUGCACAGCCGGAGAGCCUCGACCCGCUGCAGGAGGCCGUCGCGAUCGUUGCCCGUUACGAGACGCUUCGUGCGCGCGUCGGCGACAGCGAGGCUGCGAUCGCAGAGGCGUGGCACCGCUUCCAGGACCAGGAGCAGUUCGAGUACCGCGACGAGCUGCAUGCGUGGAUCGGUGGCGAGUAUGCCGGGCCAGAGUGGAAGGUGCCCACAUGGACCAGGGAACUCUAUGGCAGGAAGGACGUGUUGCGCAGUGAAUGGAAGGAGCUGGAGCGGCUCGGAGAGGCGGAAGAAUGGGUCAGGGGAGUGGGGGAACAUGGUGAAAGUGAAUGGGUUGAUCUUUUGUAUCGAUUGUUGCGCAGGGUAGACAAGAAGGGUCAAGCAGAGUUUGGAAAAUUGUAA